AUUAGCAAAAUUAGCUCAUGGAAUUGGAAUGUUCUUAGCUUGGUGUGUUCUAUUUCCUGCUUCUAUUUUUAUUGUAAGAUAUUACAAACAUACCAAUAGUUACAUCAAAAUACAUCGAUUUGCACAAUUACUUGGUGGCAUCAGUAUUGGUAGUUUUGGUGCAGCAGCUAUGGCAACAGUUAGUAUGAAAACAAGUCAUUCAUGGCUAGGAUUGACAAUAUAUUUUUUGUUAUUUAUUGAACUUGGAUUAGGUCUAACAUCAAUUUGGGGUCAAGUGGCAAUAGUGUCAGUUAAUCAGGGAUAUCCUAGAUUUCUUAAAAGAAUUCACAGAGUUUUUGGAAUUUCCUUAUUAAUAUGUGCUUGGGUAAAUGUAUAUUUGGGAAUCAGUACAUAUUGUUUAUCUUAUGGAUUUGAAUCAUUACAUUAUAAGGUUGCAUAUCUUAUAUGGAUUACUGUAAUAAUAGCAACAUUUAUAUUUGAAGAAAAUGAAGAAGGAAAUAACAAAAAAUCCAUUAUUUCACUGCAUAUUACUAAAGAAUGUUUUGAUAAAUUACCAGAAUUUACAUGGAGAGAAGUUAAUGAACGUGUCCAAUGUGGAGCAUAUUUAGUAGUUUGUGAUGGAUUUAUUGUUAGUAUGAGAAAAUGGAUUAAGGUACACCCUGGUGGAGCAAAAAUUCUUGAACAUGUCAUUGGAACAGACAUAACAAAUGAUUUUUUUGGUUAUAAAGGUAAAGGGAUUAUUGAACGAAUUAAUAUACCAGAAAUAAAGUCUGUUCCAACUGGUAUAUCAACAUCAGUUUUAGGGCAGUAUACAGAUAUUUUACGUGAGAGAACCAAAAAAUACACAACUGAAAAAAAUUCAGUUGCACAAGUUGUUGAUGAUAUGAAUGUUAAAUAUUUUUUAAAGGCACCUUUGGCUAUACACCCACAUAGUUUAUUUGCAAUUAAGAAAAUAGCAACAAUGGUUGUAGCAAAAUUAAAAGAAACCCCAGAUGUUGUUAUUGGACCACCAAUAUCACCAAUAUCACCUGCACCAAUAUUUGGACCAACAAAUGCGGCUGAAGAAUUAAAUGAUUCAGAAAUUGCUAAACAAGAUACAGCAUUUAGAGUAAAGUUCCGUAGAUACAAAUUAACAAGCAAAGCACCUAUCAAUGGCAUGCAAUCAAGAAUUAAAGGACAAGUAGUAAUUAGAAGUUAUACACCAAUAGAAGGCAAUAUUGCUCAGAGUUUUAGUAUCUUUGUUAAAGUGUAUCCAGAUGGAUUAAUGUCACGACAUUUGAUUCAAGUGAGAGGACCAUUUGAUGUUGGAGAUAGAGAAGUUUUGCAAAUGCCAUUAUUAUCUCAGACUGUUGAUGCAAAAUCACAAUAUAAAAAAUCAGGCAUAUAUAGUCUAUCUGCAAAAAAUAUCCCAUUAUUCAUAUCUUCAUCAACAAGCUCCUUACUUAAUCCUAAUACUCAGGAUGGUCAUUGGAGAGAAUUAUACAUGAUUUGUGGUGGUACCGGAAUUACACCAAUGUUACAACUGAUAAUAUAUCAUCUGGAAUUGUGUAUGAGACGCAAUCGUUUAUCAAUGAUACAUAAUAAACAAGUAUCAAUGCAUUUGUUAUAUGGUAAUCAUAGAAUAGAAGAUAUAAUUAAUGGUGUAGAAUUAGAAGAGUAUCAAUUAAGUAGUAGGGGUAUGCUAACUAUAACAUAUGCACUAAAUAAACCAACUCAAUCUUGGACAGGGAAAGUUGGUGAAAUUAAUCAAGAAAUGGUUUCAGAUUGGUUAAGUGAGUUUGUUGUUGAUGAUAAUAAAAGCCAAAUUACUGCUGAUGAUAAUGAUAUUAAUACAAAUACAACAAAUCCACUAAUUAGUAAAAGUCCACCACACUUUUAUGAUCCUUUAUCAUAUGAUAAUAAUAAUGAUAAUCCACCACCAAUAAUACCACAUCAUACAAAACCUCAUAAACUACUACUACAACCAAUUAUAAUGAAUAAUAAUCAGAAUAUUUAUUAUAGAACAUCAAUUAAUCCUGAAAGUGCUUUAAGCCAUAAUUAUGGCCAACAUCAUAGAACACCAUUAUCAUCAUCACCACUACAACAACAAUCUCAACCAUCUGUAAUUAAUAGCAAAAAGAGUGAUGGUGAAAUUAGUGAAGCAUAUAGUGGUAAUAAUGUUACUACUGUUGAUAAUAAUAAGAAAAAACCUAAACUUAAUCCUAACAGUAAAAUAUUUGUUUGCGGACAACCUGGUAUGAUGAAUGUUGUUGAGCAAACAUUAAAAUAUACAGGUUACACUGAGGAAGAUCUUAUAUUAAUAGUAUAG